AUGCUGGAACAUCUCGUUCCAUGGUCUCCUGUGACCGAAGUCACCGACAAGAUCAAAAUCGAUGACUUGACGAUCUCGUUCAAGAGAACAAUCAGGGUCUCAGACAACAAAAGCACCAACGAUCUUCCACCGGACAUGGGUGAGUUCCCUUUGUCCAAGAUGGAUGAUUAUGCUGAGACGAUUCCUCUCAGCAUGGCGGAAAAGGGCGGCGUCUUCAUCCCCAUGUACCAACGUGAAGCGCUUUGGAUCGGUUUCGAGUCUACCAAAAAAUAUGUAAUUCGCGUUUUUGUCGGGGGAAUUAAUGCCGUCUCAGGAGAACCAAAGGUUCCCCAUGCCGCCACGUCACUCCGCCGCCGAACUCUCAUCAGCCAAGGCAAGAGCGUACAGGACUAUCUCUUCGUUCCAGGACAGCGCCGGCUUGAUGGUGUCGCAGUGGAAGGGGUAAAGGUCCGACAGUUCGUAGCCAUGCCGGCGGGGACAGGUCACUCCAUUGAGACACAAAUAAUCGGCGAGGAAGUCACUGGAGGUAUCCAGUUCGAAGUAACUCGUCUUGACAUCAGGCUUCGUGAGAUUAAGACGCAAGAGGCAGUCGUUAUUAUGGUCAAGUCACCCAUCUCUUAUGAAUCUAAAAUUCUCAUUGGAUCUCGAGAAGAGAAUGUCUUUGACCUCAAGACACGAUAUGAAGCCCAAGAGAAUGUACCUAUCGAUCUGAUUCGCUGCAUUCAUGGAAGAAAUGAGCUUGAGGACAAUCGUACCCUGAAAUCAUACGGCAUACGAGGCCUUGCCACCAUCGAAAUGGUUCCAAGGCUCCGCGGAGGUGGCAAAGCCUCGGCUGAGAUGCACAUGUCUGCCGGCGGGCGGAUUACCCAGGGGAUUGUCGCACUCCAGAAACGCAGCUACUCCAAGACUGUCCCAAUCGCUUUCAACGUCCAGGUUCUCAACAGCGCAAGCUUCGAAAGGCUUACUGACGAACUGCCACCUGUGUCUCCCGUAUCAACCGAGACCUACGCCAAAUGGGGAUUCCCGUUCUUUUCCAUCUACGAGGAACCUUCGGCCAUUUGUGGUGACUUUACAGGUGUGAAGUCUAUCGCCGAGAUCUACAAAACUUCCGAGAAGUCGUUGCCCGAUGGCAUGCUCGUCAUGGACGUUCGCAUCAAACAGGUCCGUCGCCGCGGGGAUGGACUACUGGACCCCGAGCCCACAAUAGAGGAAACGUGGCUUGCAUGGGAAUUGGAGGAAGAGCUCAUGAAGACGGAAACUCUUUUUUGA